UUGUAUUGUCUGCGUCUCUUUCACAAACGAAACCAAAGCCACAGCAACAAAAGCACGAAGGUGGAGAGAAACCUGUUCGGCUUUCCUCACGGUCUCAUUCCUAAAUUUCUCAGGAAAAAAAAGCCCAACCUUUUUCCAAAUAUUUUUUUAAUUAAUCCGAGUAAAAUUAUUCGAAUCCGCAAGAACCCUAUUUUUUGAAUGGUUUACACGGUGGAUUCAUCAAAUUCUCCACGAUUUCCAAGGGACGGCGUGAGAAGUUCUCAAAGGAGAGAGAAGUCGUCAUCUCCAAAAUCAGAAACCGUAAGCGGUGAGGCUGAAUCGAUCAAUUCUAUGCUGGAGCAAUCGAAUGAUUGGGCGGCGAUUGAGAGUUCGGACAGUAAAAAGGGCAAUGCAGGUAAGGCAAAGAAGCCGGCUUGGAACAAACCAACAUCGAAUGGUGUAGCUGAGAUUACUAGUCCUGUUAUGGAUGCAACUUCAUGGCCUGCUUUAUCUGAAUCCACUAAGCCUUCUCCAAAACCAUCGCCUGCUGAAUCAUCCUCGAAGAUUGUCUCUGAUGGAUCAAUACCCACUUCUCAGGGACCGGUGAUAGCGAAUUCACCUAAGAAGCAAGGUAAUAGUAAUGCAAAAUCUAUCUCGGCAACAAACCAUACAAUGCCAGUUCGGCAAAGGCCUGUGAGGCGUGGCAGUGGUGGUAGUAGUGGAAGUAGUUCAGGAGGUGGACAUUCACAAAACAGUUUUACUCACCCUCCACCGCCGCCGCCACCACCACCAUUUCCUAUAUUUCCAAUGCCACCCAAUGGUUUUACUAAUCUGGUACCAGCUAUGCCAGAUCAAUCUCCCAGAGAAACUCUAUACAGAGGGAAUAACUGGGAACCUAGACCAAUUGGGGGUUUUGUUCCUCCGCCGCCUGUGGUAAGUGAACACCGACGCCCCUCACGAAGAGGCAACUUUGGCCAGCCACCUGGAGAUGGUUCCCACCGUAAUAAUUAUGUUGGCAGACGUGAACAGGACCGUGGACAUCAUGGAAAUUCAAGAGAUGUUCAUGUGCAGCAACAGAGAGCUCCUACAAGGGGAUUUCCUCGGCCUUCACCGCAAAAUAGUGGUACAUUUAUUCCUCCCCAGUCUGUGAGACCAUUUGCAAAUCCCAUGGGUUAUCAUGAUAUGCUAUUUAUUCCGCCUCCAAUAACCUUGGAACCUUAUCCGGUUGUGCCACACAUGCAAUCACCAACAAUGCUGAUGCCUAUUCCUCAACCUCUACCUUUAUUGUUACUAAAUCAGAUAGAAUACUAUUUCAGCGAUAUGAAUUUAUCAAAAGAUGGUUUCUUAAAGUCAAAGAUGGAUGAUGAAGGUUGGGUUCCUGUUACUUUAAUAGCGGGCUUUAAUCGAGUUAGGAUUAUGACAAACAACAUCCAGUUUAUAUUGGAGUGCUUGAGGACUUCAACUUUGCUUGAAGUACAGGAUGACAAAGUGAGGAGGCGUAAUGAUUGGAUGAAUUGGCUGCCUAGUUCUACAAUGCCGCGCACUGAUUUGGGCUUUCAGUCCUCUGGUGUAUCAAGUUCUGAUACUCUGACAACAUCGUUUCAAAAGAUCUCAAUGGAGGAUGUGGCUGCUGACCAAGAUAGCACAACAGCUAAGACAUGUGAGUUAACUAUCCAGGCAGGAAUCUCUCAUCAGGAGGGUGCUGCAGGCACCAGUUCAAGCUUUUGAACUGAAACGAUCAUUCUAUGCUACCACCGAAUAUGCAAUCAUUUUAAAAAGUAGUACACAUGUUUCUCUGGACGGAAGGGGAAUGUUCCCCGGAAGGUGAGGAGCAGCGCCUUUAGUUUUACCUUUUCAAUUGUCGUGCCUGGUUUUGACAGAGUUUGACAAGGCGCAUUGCGCGUAGAGCAAAACAAAAUAAGAAAUAUAUAGAUAUUUAUUUUAGGAUGGUAACUUAGCAGUUUAUAAGAUUUUUGGUUCCUGUAUAGCCUGGUUUUGGUGUGGAUGAUUUCCCUCCCUUUCUUUUCUUUAUUAUUUUUUUUUCAUUUUUUGGUAGCAGUGGUCAGUCACACCCAUUAUGGCGAGAAUUCUGGCUAUUCUCUCUCCACUACCAAGCAGCCUGCUAUAACACCCAUUUUCUUGCUAAUGAACUUGAUUUAUAGUGCA